UAUAAGCUUAAUUUUUUUCUUAAAAAUAAAACACAACAUUCAUGGAAUCAAGAGUAAAAGAUGCUGUUCAACGUUUAGAUUUUCUUCAUCAACAACUUAUUCAUUAUAAACCAUUACUUAAUCAAAAUGUACUAAAUACUGCAUAUGAAAUUCAAUCGAAUUUUCAUAAAUUCAUGAAAUUAUUAACUGAACGACAAACAAACUUAUUGGAUCAAUUACAUGAAUUGGCUAACAAGAAAUCAAUGCUAAUUGAAAGUAAUCAACAUACAAUUGAAUCAUUAAAAACUGAUCUACUCCAGUCCUAUUUUACUCGUAAUGCAAUUGAUGCCAAAAUCAAUGAGUACAUUAGACAAAUUGAAUCAAUGAAUUCUUAUUACCUAUCCGAUUCUACAACAACACCAUUGAUUACGUUUCAUAGUGAAAAUAUCCAAUUAAAUGAAAUUAUUUCAACAUUUGGUCAAUUGACAUCGAAAUAUGCAAAUCAUUUUAAUGUACCCAAUGGAUUACUACAACAACAAGAAGACAAAGAAACUGAACAAAGAAUGAAUGAGAAGGAUUUAGGGGAUGCAUCCCCAAUAUUCCAUUGUAUCCAGUCAUCAUCGUCGUGUGUCUGUCAGAAUCCGACAUUAAGACAAUGGUUAUCAUUAACAGAGGAGCAUCAAUGUCAACAGUCUCAUUCAUUCAAUAGAAAGGAUGAAGAAGAGAAGAGAACAAGUUUGAAUAUGCAAAAUAAUUAUGUAUGGUUGAAUAAAAAGUUGUCGGAAAAACAAUCAAUACCAAAUCAGUUUCAUGCCGAUAAUUCACCAUCAACCAAUACAAUUGCACGUUUAACACCAUCAUCAUGUUGUUUGAAUCAAUCCAAUUGCAUGCUUAUUCAUCAUCGUCAUUGGCUUAAAUCAGGUGAUAAUCAGCCGAUGACCGGAACAGCUACAUCUUGCCUGAAAGGAGAAGCAGAAGAAGGAGGCGAAUGCGAAGGCGUAGAAGAAGAAGAGGAACUUGAAUUGAAUAGUAAUAAUAAUAAUAAAUUCUCUCAAUACUCAAAUAAAUCUACUUCGGGCAGUUUUGAUAUUUUGACAAAUUCAUCUCAAAAUAUAUCCAAUUUUAAAGAUUGGUUAUUCUGUGAUCCGGCUGAAUUUAGCAAUAAUAUGUCCGGUUUAUCAACAAAACAUGACUACGAUGUUACUCCUACCACUACUGCUACUACUACUAAUAGUAAUAGUAGCAGGAGUAGUACUAGUAGUAGUGCUGACGGAUACAAUACACAAUCAGAUAUGUAUUCUUGGCUUAUACCAGACAAUAAAACUGUAUCAGUUCACACAAAACUAUCUUCAUUAGACAUAGAUUCUUCAUCCAAGAUGAAUUCAUUAUUUCCUGAACAUCUUUUCCAAACUGGACAACCAAUUGAUUUAUCACGUUGGUUAAGACAACAGUCGACAUCAUCACCAUUAUUGACAUCAUCUUUGCAAUUAUUGGCUAAUAAUAAUCAUGUGAAUUGUGAAUUGCCCAUGGAACAAAUUCAAUCUAUCAGCGAAGAGGAGCAUAAUAAUGCUGUUUUACAGACAAAUGAAAUCUCUUCAAUGAAUUCAACAGGACAAAUUCAAACUAUGAAUAGUAAUAUUAAUAAUAAUAAUAAUAAUAACAGCCUGUGUCAUGAUGAUAUUACCAUAGAAUAUUGUCCAAAAUUUGGUAUAUGUCAAGGUGGUCCUGGUGGACCAACUUGUUGUGGUGGUGUUGGUGGUGGCGGUCGUGGAUGUUCGCUAUCAAUGCGUCAAACAAAAAAUCCAGUCAAUUUAUCCAUGCAAUCGAUCCAAUCGGUCAAUCAUGACAAUUCAAUGUUCAAUACUGCAUCGAGUUGGUUCAAUGAUCAAUUCGACAGUGCAUUUGACAACAGUCAUGCUACUAGCACUACUACUACUACUAAUAAUAAUAAUGAUAAUAAUGAUAAUGAUAAUAAUAAUAAUAAUAAUUCUAUUGUCAUUGAAUUAAAUCGUAUUGCAAAUAGUGAAUUAAAACAAUGGAUUAUUAAUAGUAACAAUAGUCGCCAUAAUAGUCUGGAUUGUUCUCCUGUUCUCCUGAAUAUGAAUAAACAAUGGACUAUUAUGGAUUCAAUGCCUCAAAAGUAGUUAUGUAACAUCAUCAGUACUUCAAGGGAAAUCGUCGAAAAUCGAUACACGAAUCAAUGCAAAUGAAGCGUACGGAAUAGACGAAGAAUUGGAUGAACCAGAUACAACACUAUCCAAUCAAUAUCUUCCUCCUCCAUCUCCUUCUCGUCAUCAUCAUCAUCAUCCUGGCGAUCAUCGUGAUCGUUCAAUUCUCCUAUCACCACCAUGCAUAGAUGAGAACAAUGAAUGUCAAUUGACUGAUUCAAAUCACAAUUUAUUUGUAUCAGUUAAACAUUCCACAUAUACAGAUUGGUUAAUUUGAUGCCGUUCCAAUGUGGCGGUUGUUUGUUUUAUUUUUUGUUUCAAAGAAAACAAUGAAGAUUUAGUUAGACAUUGAAUUUUGAACAGAAUCGCGCGCUACACGCUACACGCACGAUGAGUUGAUUCAAUGGAGUUGCGCUUCUGUGUCAACUCUCACUUUCUGUCUCUCUUUGCGCGUGUAUUUUCUCCUCCGUCUAAUUAUUAUUCCCUGGUGUAUGGAUAAUACAGUCGACAGUGCCCGUUGUUCAGUCACUCACCCAUUCGACGAAACCUUCUCUCUCUCACUCUGUGUUCGUGUUUCGCUAUGAUUGACUGAUAUGAACGCGUUAUACAUCUAGUAGAGUUGUGUGUGUGUGCGUGUGUGUUAGUGUACCGUGAUUUUCAUUGAUGAUUUCUUCUCGUCAUGCAUGUGAUAUUUGAAUGCGCGCCGCGCUCUUUUGUGUGUCUGUUUUUUCAUCCUUCAAUUGUUGAUUUUUUGUUUCAAUUGGUCAAUUCAAUUUUUAGAAUAGAAUAAUUAUUUUCAGCUUAUUUUCUUAUUUCUAAUUAAGUUAUGACAUGACAUGACAUGAAUCGUAAUAUUUGUUUGUAUUCUUCUAUGAUUUUAAUUCCAAUCUCAAUCUGAUCGAUUCAUUCAAUCAUUCAUUCAUUCAUAUCAAUAGUGGUGUUUUGUGUUUUUUUUAAUGUGGCCAGUGAGAUGAUGAUGAUGAUGACAGUGUAGUUUUACUGGUGUGUGUGGGCAUGUGUGUGUUUGUUGGUUGUAAUUCUUUUUCAAAUAAUCUGCUUUGUUUUAUGGCUGUGAAACUUGACCAGUUAGAGUGGAAGAUAUUCGUAGGUUACUUGUUUUUGAUCAUAGGUGCCUCUGAAGCGUUGCACGAGUAUCGUGGUGGGACAAUCGAGUAAGCAAUGCUGUCGUUAGCAAACGAGUUCUAGGUAAGGAUGGCGAAUCAAUAGAUGAAG